UACGAUCUCGUGGCCUUCUUGCCUUCUAACUAGUCGUUGCCCACCGCCUUCCCUUCUCCACUCCAUCUCAUCUCCUUGUUUCUCCUCUGCCAAAUCCACUCGCCUCUUCCUACAUCUCUCUCUCUUUCGCCAAUUUUCAUGGCCACAUCAAAGGGGAAUGAUGGCAUUGUUAUCAGCUUCGGCGAGAUGCUCAUUGAUUUCGUCCCCACAGUCUCUGGCGUUUCCCUAGCGGAGGCGCCGGAGUUCGUCAAAGCCCCUGGAGGCGCUCCAGCGAAUGUUUCCAUUGCCGUUUCACGACUCGGAGGCUCCUCAGCCUUUAUCGGGAAGCUUGGCGACGACGACUUCGGCCGGAUGCUCAGUGGAAUCCUGCGGGAUAACGACGUCUCCGUGGCUGGCGUUCGCUUCGACGGGUUCGCACGCACAUCACUUUCUUUUGUCACUCUCCGCGCCGACGGUGAGCGCGAGUUCAUGUUCUAUCGACAUCCUAGUGCUGACAUGCUCCUCUCCCCUGCUGAGCUUGAUCUAGAGCUCAUCCGAAGAG